UGCUUCACACACUCCAAUCUUUAACUUCUCCUCUCUUUCUCUCAAUUUUUAUAAUUUUUAUUUUAAAAAAGUGAAGAAAUUAAUCCCCCAAAAAAAUGCCUUCUUCUUCCAUAAUUCUGGUCUCAAAAUGCACAGUGGUUCCAGAACAAAACUCCAUGAUCGAAACUCUCAAGCUUUCAGUCUCUGAUAUCCCUAUGCUGUCCUGUCAAUACAUCCAGAAAGGCGUUCUUUUUUUCAAUUCACCGACUUACUCCAUGAAUGACCUAAUCAAUUCUCUGAAACAGUCUCUCUCUGUGGGUCUAGUCCAUUUCCCUGCUCUCGCCGGCCGUUUAACAACCGAUGCUGAUGGCCACGUCCACAUCACCUGCAACGAUGCCGGCGUCGAUUUCAUUCACGCCAAAGCGAAACAUCUCGCCGUUCGAGGCAUUCUUCCUCCGGAUCGUGACGUGCCUGAUUGUUUCAAGGAGUUUUUCGCCUUUGAUCGGACUGUGAGUUACUCUGGUCAUUUUAAACCCUUGCUCGCCGUUCAGGUGACGGAGCUUGCAGACGGCGUUUUCAUUGGCUGUACUGUCAAUCACGCCGUCACGGACGGGACAUCGUUUUGGCACUUCUUCAAUACCUUUGCUGAAAUUUGUAAAGGCGCGAAGAAGAUUACGAAAUCGCCUGAUCUCAGCCGCGACACCGUUUUUAACUCGCCGGCGGUGCUUCGUUUCGCGGAGGGUGGCCCGAAAGCCACCUUCUCCGGCGAAGAGCCGUUAAGGGAGAGGAUUUUCCAUUUUAGCAGAGAAGCGAUUCAGAAGCUUAAGCUUCGAGCUAAUAACCGUUCUGUGGCUACCAAAACGAUUUCGCCGAAUUGUAACGGUUUUUCCGACCCGUCCGAAAUUCUCGGAAAACAAUCAAACGACAGCUGGAAAACCGUUAACAAUGGGUACGGAUUCAAUCGAACGGCUGAGAUUUCAUCCUUCCAAUCACUUUGUGCACAGCUGUGGCGCUCCGUCACACGUGCGAGGAAGAUAGAGGAGUCGAAAACGACGACGUUUCGCAUGGCCGUGAACUGCCGCCACCGUGUCGAGCCUAAGAUGGACUCGCACUACUUCGGGAACGCGAUACAGAGCAUCCCGACCUACGCACCGGCUGGUGAGCUCUUAUCGCGAGACCUCGGCUGGUGCGCCGAUCUCCUCCACAAGAACGUGGUGGCGCACGACAACGCUAAGGUGAGGCUCGGCGUAGCGGAUUGGGAGCGCGAGCCCAGGCUUUUCCCGCUGGGAAAUCCCGACGGCGCGUCGAUCACGAUGGGGAGCUCUCCCAGGUUCCCGAUGUACAAUAACGAUUUCGGGUGGGGACGACCCGUGGCGGUUCGGAGCGGUAAGGCGAACAAAUUCGACGGUAAGAUCUCUGCCUUUCCGGGAAGAGAAGGGAAUGGGACCGUUGAUCUGGAGGUGGUAUUGGCGCCGGAGACCAUGGCUGGGCUUGAGAACGAUACCGAGUUUAUGGAAUACGUAUCGGAAGUAGUUGUGUGAGUCGACUCGGUUGGUCAACGAGUUAUUCACUAGAUGUAAAGGGGAAAAUGAAAAAAAAAAAAAAAAAAAAAAAUCUUGUGUCAGCCUCAUACUUUCAGUUCAGUCUGGGAAGUUGUUUGGGACCGGUUGUAUGGUGAAACGGCGACGUUUUGUCCGCUUUUUAGUUAAUAUGUAAAAGUUGUACUUGUAGUGUGUCUUAGGCUGUUGUAUAUUUUGCAGCGUCAGCGUUCAUUUUCCCCACGUGACUAAAAAUGUUUAAUAGUUAAAAAAAGAAGAAGAAAGGCUUGCUUCUAUA